UUUCUCUCAACUUGUUUCAUUCAAGCAUUCUUCAAUUUUCACUUUCUUUAAACGUAUAUUACCCACAAUCCCAUUUGUUUGUUAGUGGUGCCACUGAGAUUACUUGCGACUCUUGCAUUAUCUGAAUGUAAUGAGCGUGAUGCGGCAGCGCUUUAAUCUUUGUAGCCCGUCCUUUGAUAAACCUCUUUACUGAAACUGCAAUAUCACCGCAUUAUGACCACUGACAGAUGAAGUGAAUAAGACUGAUGAUCUCCUCAUCAUGGCACCUGUUAGUGUGUGGGAUAUAUUAGGCAGCAGGUGAACAUUUUGUCCUCAAAGUUGAUGUGUUAGAAGCAAGAAAAAUGGACAAGCGUAAGGAUUUGAGCGAGUUUGAUGAAGGUCUAAAUUGUGAUGGCUAGACGACUGAAUCAGGGCAUCUCCAAAACUGCAGCUCUUGUGGGGUGUUCCCGGUCUGCAGUGGUCAGUAUCUAUCAAAAGUGGUCCAAGGAAGGAACAGUGGUGAACCGGUGACAGGGUCAUGGACGGCCAAGACUCAUUGAUGGACGUGGGGAGCGAAGGCUGGCCCGUGUGAUCCGAUCCAACAGACGAGCUACUGUUGGUCAAAUUGCUGAAGAAGUUAAUGCUGGUUCUGAUAGAAAGGUGUCAGAAUACACAGUGCAGGACGGGUCAGGGCAGCUAAAGGAGGACCAACACAAUAUUAGGCAGGUGGUCAUAAUGUUAAGCCUGAUCAGUGUUUCUUUAAACUCAGAGUGGAUUCAGCUGAAAUCUCAAGACAGUAAAAUAAACGUGGAUUAUUAUUGUGUCUCUAUUUGUUUAUUUUCGCUAACAGUGAAUAUCAACAUCACUAUUCAGAGUGCACGUGAAGCUAUAGCAUACUCACUAACCCCGCACACAUACCAAACAUAAACGUGAUUUGGUUGUAAUACAGUGUUGUUCUUCUGACCUUCGCAGACAUCGAGUCUGAGGAAUGAUGGCGCCAUGAUGAGACAGUCUGACCUGAUGGGGACCUUAUUCCCUGUCUGAGACCAGGAAAAAACGGGGGGGAGGUAAAGCGCAUGGGUGCACGUGCGCUAGAUAAGGAUGCGAAUUCUGCAUUAAAAAAAGUGCACGAGAUGUGAGCAACUUACUGACAUUCAUCAUCAUCAUCACCAUUAUUAUUAUUAUUAUUAUUAUCAUUAUUAUCAUUGCUGUUGUUGUUGUUGUUUUUCCUUCGGUGUUAGGAAUAAUUGGGAUUAAGCGUCAGAGCAUCAGUUUCAUGCACCUCUGAUCAUAUUGUGUAAGAUUUCAGGCAUGCAAGAAAGACCAGGUGACCGACGGGACGAAGGUCAAAAGGCGAAGAAAGUUGAAAGAAUGUGUGCGUGUGCGCGAGACAGGUGCCACUUAAGGUCCUACAGUGUUACACUGUCGCGAGAUCGGGUGCAUAAAUACAGCGCGCGCGAAGUUUGAGCAUCUUCACUUCUACAGCCAUGCAGAGGAACACCGGAGACCGACAGAACUCUCCUAAACACUUCUUCAUGUGGCAUGACUACCUGGGGCUCAGAGCCAUGGUGGCCCGUCUGGCACGCGCGGGUGAUCUUGAGCAGCUCCAGUCUUCCUCACAAGAACCUUCCCCCGGGUUCGAGGAGCCCACCUGGUGCCCUGAUGCCACACCGGGAACUUCCGGUAGCAAUGGCCAGAGCCUCGGACAGAACUUGGAGAGAAGUGUGUGUGGCUUCUGCAAACAGAACGGGGAGAGCGCGGAGAUCUACACGACCCACCGGCUGAAAGCGCGCAACGGCCGCGUCCUAUGUCCGGUGCUGAGGAACUACGUGUGUCCGAUCUGCGGAGCCACCGGGGAUACCGCGCACACCCGCCACUACUGCCCCGCGCGCGCGCUCGAGCUCGCGCACCCCCGCUCUGACGUCAUCAGCCCUGCGGUGGGACUACAGUACCUGAAGUGUAGAGCUCUCGGUACCGAGGUUUCUGUUCACACCGGCUCCGAGUUCAGUAUGUAAAUGUAUGAUAGUGUGUAUUUUAACACCGGACAUGCCAAAUAUUUAACUUUUAAGCGGUUCAGGUUAUUUUAAAAAACGAGUUUGUAAAGAAGAUAAAUUGUAAAAUAGUUUUAUUUUUUUUAUAGUUUUGUAUAAAGUUAUGAAAGAUUAAAAUGUCGGCAUUUUUUGUACAUUUUUAUAUAAAAAAACG